AUGGGCACCUGCAGCAGACAAAGCAGGGACCCCAAGGGGAGAGAGUGCGGCGCGCCCCGGGCCAGAGCAGAGGGCCCGUCCAAAGCGUUCAAGCUACCGGGCCAAGCCCGGCUAUGCAACCGACUGCAGCCUCCGAAACACCUCGGCAACAAACAAGGCCGUGCCUCCCUGGAGUGCAAGCGGGACAGCGACCUCUCCCGGCACGGCACACCCACGGCUUGCAGCGGAGCCCAGAAAGCCCGACACGCUCUCGCCGUUCCCCGGCACCCAGAAAACGCGGCCUGGCUAACUUCGUGGCUGCGGGGGUCAGAGCCACGCUGCGCCUCGCCUCCGACUCACCCGCGGGACCGCACGCUCCACAUCCACAACCACAUCCACAUCCACAUCACACCGCGCGGUGUGAGGACAGACGCCAAGGCUCGCACUUCCCCGCCCGGGGAGCCUACGGUCCUCCGCUCCGCCGGUCCCAGCCCGGGCGGCGCCGCCUCCGCCGCUCCUGCCGCCCACAAUGCCGCGGUCGCUCCGUGUUCCAGGGCCUGUCAGCCCGGCCUGUCCCCUCGCGAGCACCCCGCUUCCAACUCCACAAGGACCCCCGGCACGCGCGACUCCAGCAGGACAGCGUUUCCCCUGAAAGACUCAAAGCGGCUGCUCCAGUGGUUAAAGGCCGUUCAGAGGGACAACUGGACCCCAACCAAGUACUCCUUUCUCUGCAGUGAGCACUUCACCAAAGACAGCUUCUCCCGAAGGCUGGAGGACCAGCAUCGGCUCCUCAAGCCCACCGCUGUGCCCUCCAUCUUCCACCUGGCCGAGAAGAGGGGGCCUGGAGGCCAUGGCAGCGCCCGUAGGAAAGAGCGCACCAAGGCCCCGGGGGCCGUGAGAGGGCGCCCAGGCGGGGCCGACAGCCAGGGGGCCUUGCCGGCCUCACCGUCCUCUCACACAAGCCUGUCGGCCAAGCUGGAGCCCAAGAAGCCGAAGCAGGUGGCCGGGCGGGGUGCAGCCACAUCCGGAGCUGACCAUGAAACCCUUGGUCCAGCCCAGGUGCAGCCAUCUCGAGCGAGAACGUCAGAAGACAGUGCCGCCUCCACAAAGGCGGGCAGCCAAAGGGAAGCAGAAGCAGUGUCCGUGGACGCUGGCGACGAGAGCUCAGGCUCUGCCGAUGGCGUCACAGAGAAGAGCUGCAUCUCCGUGGACGACUUCAGUCCCCCAGCGUCCGGGGCGCGCAGGUUCAUCGGCUCGCUCCACUCCUACAGCUUCUCCUCCAGGCACACUCGAGAGAGGCCACCUGCUGCGAGAGAGCAGGUCGAGCGGAAGAGGCCGAAGAGGGACGCGGAGCCAAGCGGCAGCAGCCCGGGGCCUGACAAGGGCUCGGCCCACAGCCUCCCAAGCUCGUCACUCACAGCCACACCCCAGAAGCCCUCCCAGAGCCCCUCCGCCUCCCCAGCAGACGUCACCCCGCAGCCAGCUGCAGAGGCCGUGCAGAGCGAGCAGGUCGACGCCAGUCCCAUGUCCAUUAACGAGGUCAUCCUGUCAGCCUCGGGGGCCUGCAGGCUCAUCGACUCGCUGCACUCCUACUGCUUCUCAUCACGGCAGAAUAAGAGCCAGGUGUGCUGCCUACGGGAGCAGGUGGAGAAGAAGAAUGGGGAGCUGAAGAGCUUGCGGCAGAGGGUCAGCCGCUCCGACAGCCAGGUGCGGAAGCUGCGGGAGAAGCUGGACGAGCUGCAGAGGGCGAUGGCCCCCAACCUCAACGGCCUGCUGCCCCCCAGCUGCGAGCCCCCCACCAUGAACCCAAUGGUGGAGCCACUGUCCUGGAUGCUGGGCACCUGGCUGUCGGACCCACCCGGAGCCGGCACCUUCCCAACGCUGCACCCCUUCCAGUACCUGGAGGAGGCACACAUCUCCCACGUGGGCCAGCCUGUGCUCAACUUCUCAUUCAACGCCUUCCACCCGGACACCCGGAAACCAAUGCACCGAGAGUGUGGCUUCAUCCGCCUCCAGCCCGACACCAACAAGGUAGCCUUCAUCAGUGCCCAGAACACAGGCAUCGUGGAAGUGGAAGAGGGCGAGGUGAACGGGCAGGAGCUGUGCAUUGCCUCCCACUCCAUUGCCAGAAUCUCCUUUGCCAAGGAGCCACACGUGGAGCAGAUUACUCGAAAGUUCCGGCUGAAUUCUGAAGGCAAACUCGAGCAGACGGUCUCCAUGGCAACCAGUACCCAGCCCAUGACCCAGCAUCUGCACAUCACCUACAAGAAGGUGACGCCAUGA